GUCCGUCAUAUUUAACUGGUAGUGUGCAUCAACUCCGGUUCUCUACCCCGGACAUUGCGAAAGAUGUUGUAGGUGUAGAUUGUCUCCAUUUGUUUUUUUUACAACUGGUAGCCGAAGUGUCGUUUAAGGUCGGAUAAAUGUUUUAUUGGUACAAGGCUGCACCGACUGCAUGUAACAUUAUUUUUUGUUUGCACUUAGUGACUCCUACGCUACGCUCAUAUGCUGGAUUUAAAAAAAAAUGAAAAUAUGUGUUUACAUUUAUGAAAUUAGUUCCUGAUUGUGAAUGUCACGCGAUACGAAAGGCAACGCUUUUGUUUUCCUGUACCAUCCCUCCAUUCCUUCAUCUAGUAACAUAUGGAAAUUAAAACCCGAUAGUAAAUUCCCAUUGCCAUUCGGAAAGAUAUUGUUUGCUUCCCAGCAUAGUUUGAGAUAAGCGAUUUGAGGUCAAUCGUCACGCAUGUUGAACAAUAUUAAGUUAGAAACGAACAAGUUGCCUCGUCAACUCACUUACUCAAGUUUUUUUUUUUUGCUGAAAAUUAUAAUUAUGUUUAUAAAUCAUUACGAAAAAAAACAGUAUGAAUCGGACGGAAAUUCUUCAAGGCAUGUUUGCUAAUCGCUAUACGCUCCAUCGAUAAACGGCCAAUCCGUCGUGGUGUGCGUUUGAUGAGGAAAUAUGGAAUGUUGGCCAUCAGUGUACAGAGCAGCGAGGAGGACCAAACAACCGAUGGUCCAAUGGAAAGAUUACAGUUGGCGCAUGUAUGCGAAAUCCGUCUCAGCAUCGUCGGAGUCAGCAAUGUCAAGUGGACGCAAAAACGCGGACAGGGCAGACAAAGGCGUACGGUUUACUAUACCGCCAAGCGGGAUCAUCUGUCAUCGAUGAAGGUGCUGGUCGGAUCGCCAGAUAGUGGCAAUCCAACGGAACUUCCGGCCGGGGAACACAUCUAUGAGUUUGCCUGCGAACUGCCUUCCCAUUUGCCUACCUCGUUCGAAGGAUCGUACGGACACUGUCGUUACACGGCCCAGGUAGUGAUGGAUCGCCCGUGGAAGUUUAACCUAACGUACAAGGUGGGUUUCACCGUGAUUCAGCCGCGUGAUCUUAACCUCCAGUCGCCCUCGAUCCGUCUGCCAAGCCGGAUGGAAGAUGCACGCGUGUUUUGCUGUGCCUUUUGGCGUACGAAACCCUUGUUCGUACGGGUGACCGUUCCCUACACCGGAUACGUACCGGGGCAGGCUAUACCGCUCACGAUCGAUCUAAACAAUCAAUCGUCCCGCAUUAUCGAGGGUGUCAACAUGAAGCUACUGCAGGACAUUACAUACCGUGCGGAGUAUCCGGCGAGCAAAACGCGCCAUGAAGUGCACACGAUCGUCAAGCACAUUGGGGACGGUGUGGGUAGUGAGGCAUUGAUUCAGUACAAGCAGCGGCUCGUAGUGCCAACCGUCAUACCGACCUGUGGCGAUCUGAACAUCAUAUCCGUGAGCUACCGUUUGCAUAUAACGGUGCGCGUGGUAGGUUGCGGUUCGGAUCCGGUGCUCGAAAUACCGCUGAUCAUCGGCACGACUCCACUGAUGUUGCAGCAGCCCUCGACUGUUGCUAUUCCACCAGUGGCAACGACGGCUACCACCAGUGGAACCGGUGCGAUAGGUGGAUUUAACUUCGGUAACGUUCCAGCACAACAACUUCCGUCCGCGAGUGGUUUGGUACGGGAAAAUACACUACCACCGGAGUAUCUUUCUCCACCGACGUACGAAGAAGCGAUGAAUGGUGCAGCGGUGGUGAUAACCGACGAUACCGAUACCAAUGCGAUCGGUACAAAGCCGUACGUACCGCUCUAUCCAUCGUACAACUUUAACGACGUCCAGUGGCCUGCUCUUCCACCGAUGGCGGCACAACCACCAUUACCUCCCAAACAGUGAUCAUCGCCGGUUUCACGUUUAUCGUCGCAUUUAACUUUACCGUGACAGAUAGAAAUCUUUCUUUCGUACCAGGCGUACUAAAAGGAUGUAUUUAGGCUUUAAAUUAUUCCAAACUCUCCUUGAGAUUACUUUAACUCUCUCUCCCUUAAACUCUUGAAAUGACUUUAUCUUUUACAUUUUUUCAUCAAAAAAAAAAAAAAAACAAACGCGUCCGGUGGCGUAUUAAGCGUUCAGUUGGAAAGGUAUCGCAUUUAUGGUGUUCGAAAAUUCAACGACAUAUAUUUAGAAUCUCCGUACACAAUGUUUCCAUGUUUAUAAGUUAAAGAAUGCCAAUACUGGUGCAGGUGCAGUGAAUGAUGGGAAUGAAAAGUGUACUUAAUAUUUUACGACAA